CCUUGUCUGGUGCCUGUGCCACCAAGCAGUGCUCCAUUUCCUACACCUGUGUUUGUCUCUCUCUCUCUUCCGGAGAAGCACCCAAUAAGGUCCUUGCAGCACCUGGCCUAAUCUCUCUCUCCCCUCUCUCUCUUCCGGAGAAGCACCCAAUAAGGUCCUUGCAGCACCUGGUCUAAUCUCUCUCUCUCCUCUUUCUCUUUCUCUCUCUAAGCCCAAAUAAGUAUUAUAUUAUUAUAUAAAAAAAAAAAGAAAAAUGGGAUCGGUGCUGGGCAUAAACAGAAAGAGCAAGGAAGAGCUUAAAAUGGCGCUCAACAAGGUCAAGCAGAUUGUCUCCUCUCACCCCGUCGUUGUCUUCAGUAAAACUUAUUGUGGGUACUGUACGAGGGUGAAGAAUUUAUUGACACAACUUGGAGCGGCUUUCAAAGUCAUUGAACUGGACGAGGAAAGUGAUGGAGGUGACAUGCAAGCAGCUCUAGCAGAGUGGACUGGCCGAAGGACUGUCCCCAAUGUCUUCAUAGCAGGAAAAAACAUUGGUGGCUGCGAUUCGGUUUUGGAGUUGCACCAGUCUGGUCAGCUUUUGCCCCUUCUCACAAAUGCUGGUGCCAUUGCCAAUGACUCUGCUCAGCUGUGAACCGCAUAAUAUAAGCCACCAGAAACUAAAAGGGCAAUAUUAUGUGUAGCUCUUGUGUUAAAUCUGUAUGAUGAUGGUUAUAAAGGCACUGUGUACACGCUCUCUAUCAGCAAAAUAAAUGUAUAGAUACUUGUAAUGUUGUGUGUUUGAAUGAUAUGAAAAAAUACCCAUGAUCAUAUCUCUA